AUGUUACGUUUUGAUAAGAAAAGCGCAGAAAGUAUGCGGUGGCAGCUGCUUUUCUACGUCUUGCCUCUGACUUUGGCAACAUGUCCUUUUGGUUAUAUAUACCAGCAACAAAACAACAGAUGCUACAAAUUUGUUACCGCCAAGCAAGCCUUCUACAUGGCCGAAGAAAGCUGCCAAGAGACCAGUAGUCAUCUAAUCUCCAUCUACAGCUCAUCUGAAAAUACCUGGUUAUCUCAGUAUGCUAUGCAGCAAGGCAUCAAGGGACCAUUUUAUACGGGGCUGAAUCGUCUCAUGAAGGACCAAUGGUCGUGGACAGAUGGAAACUCUGUAAACUACACUAGAUGGGCUCCGGGAGAGCCUAAAGUCAAUGCACAAUGCGCAGCUGAAAAUUCGACAGAUGGAAGCUGGAUUACGGUAUCCUGCUCAACUGCAUACUCUUACGUCUGUGCACAAGCUUCUACCGAUCCACCUGUAUCCACUUGCCCAACUCCUCCGACUCCACAACCGUGUCCUACGGCACCUCCUGUUCCUUCGCAUUGCCCCUCGGAAUGGACGUACUACUCAAAAACAAAUAGCUGUUACAAACAUUUCUUGAAUGCUGCGUUCGACCAAGCAGAAACGGUCUGCACAUCUACUGGUGGACACUUGGUCUCUAUUCAUAGUGAAGAAGAAAAUACUUUCAUUUCAAGUUUGACGCAUAUGGGCAUUGAGUACAAAAACGAGAAGCAGCUGACCUGGAUUGGUUUGAGGAAGCCAAAUUAUCCGCCAAAUGCAACAUGGGCUUGGAGCGAUGGAUCAGCUCUUGAUUACCUCAAUUGGGCAAAAGGAAAGCCAGAGGAUAUUACUGGACUCCAAAACUGCGCACAGAUGUACACCGACUCGCUGAACAGAAAUCCCGCCGGAGAUGCAGAUUUUAGGAGAUGGAAUGACGUGCAGUGCGCAGAAACGAUGCGAGCCUAUGUAUGCAAGCAGCCGGCUCUAAAUUGAGCAUUCACUUCAUGAUU